AUUGAAUCCGCUUCUUCAAGGAUACUAGUUGAGUUUGUUACCACUGAGCCACAACAGGAACUCCCCUUUCUUUUUUCAUAUACUUUAAAUAAAUAAAUAUUGAGGAAGCCAGUUGCUUGGAGGCACGAGCAUUUGGGAACAUGCAGGAGAACUGAAUAUAACAGUGGAGAGUGUAGGACAGGGAGAGAAGGUGGGGGCAGGUAAUGUCCAGAUAGUGGGGGACAUCCAGCUAUGGGAAGGAGGCAGGAUGUGGGAGCCCACCCAGGCAGGGAGGAAAGUCAGCUAUUGAGAGUGGCCUGUCCCAGUGACACCUGAGGCCCUUAGCUGCUGGAGCAGAAGGAAGGUGGAGAAAUGGCCUGAGCCAAGGAGCAGGGGCAGAGCUCAGGUUUGCAAGAAGUGAAGGAGGGGUGGGGCCUGAGGUCAGGCCCGAAAGGAACAGGAUGUCUGUGUUGGGGAGGGAGGGAUGAGGCAGUGCCAAAAACCAGCUCCUGCUCAGUCCAGCUCCUCCCUACCUGGACCAGUCCCAGGAGCCCGUCCCUAGCCUCCCAGCUACAAAUCCACCCUGGGGCCGGAUACCAGAUCCCUUCACAAUGCUGGUGGUCCAUGGUCUGGAUCCUUUGCUCAGCCUUCUCCUCAUCUUGCUCCUGGACCCCCACAGCCCUGAGGGGGGCCAUCCUCCUCAGCGAAGGUUUGAAUACAAGCUCAGCUUCAAAGGACCAAGGCUGGCAUUGCCUGGGGCUGGAAUACCUUUCUGGAGUCAUCAUGGAGAUGCCAUCCUGGGCCUGGAGGAGGUGCGCCUGGCCCCAUCCAUGCGGAACCGGAGUGGGGCUGUGUGGAGCAGGACCCCUGUCCUCUUCCCCGCCUGGGAGGUAGAGGUGCAGAUGAGGGUGACCGGGCCGGGGCGCUUGGGAGCCCAGGGCAUGGCUGUGUGGUACACCCGGGGCAGGGGCCAGGUAAGCUCUGUCCUGGGGGCGCUGGACUCGGGGGACAGCAUCGGGAUCCUCUUCGACUCCUCGGCUGAGGAUACCCAGAAGAGCCCUGCUAUCCGCGUGCUGGUUGGUAAUGGGCACAACCCCGACGAGCCACUCGGGGAUGGAGCCAGCCGGGUGCUGGGGUCCUGCCACCGGGCCUUCCGGAACCGGCCGAACCCCUUCAGAGCACGGAUCACCUACUGGAGGCAGAGGCUGCGUUUAUCCCUGAACAGCGGACUCACUCCCAGCGACCCGGACGAGCUCUGCGUUGACGUGGGGCCUCUGCUUUUGGCCCCUGGAGGUUUCUUUGGGGUCUUGGCAGCCACUAGCACGCUGGCAGAUGACCAUGAUGUCUUGUCCUUCCUGACCUUCAGUCUGAGUGAGCCGGGUCCGGAGCCUCCCCCGCAGCCCUUCCUUGAGAUGGAGCAGCUCCGCCUGGCAAGGCAGCUGGAAGGGCUGCGGGCAAGGCUGGCCCUGGGCACCAAGGAGGACACGAUUCUGAAGCCAAACUCCAAAGUCCAGGAGGAGGGGGAAAGAAUCUUUGACCUGGAGGAAACACUGGACCGAUACAGCCAGAUCCUGCAGGCUCUCCAGGGUCUCUCCAAACAGCUGGCCCAGGCUGAGAGGCAAUGGAAGAAGGAGCUGGGGUCCACAGACUGUGCCAGGCCUGAGAGCACCUGGAUGUUAGAUGCUGGGCAGAAGAGGCCAGCAGCCCCUAAGAGAGGGGCUGUGCCCUGGGCCCUAGAGAAGAGGCUGGCACUCCCGCAGGACUCAGCCAAGGUCAGUGCCCUACUCCGUGGACAGCUGACUCUCCUCCAAGACCUGCAAGAGAUGAGGGAUGCAGCUGCUCACAUGGCCUCAAGAGCCCAGGUCUUCUACCUACCUGUGGGCACCAAGCAUCAUUUCUUAGAGCUGGCCCAGAUCCUGAGCCUACUGCAGAAGGACCUUCGGGGUCCAGCGAAAGCGGCAGCCAAGGACCCCCGCCCACCUGGCUGGCCCCCAGGGAUUUUCUCGUGCCUUCGGCCUGGCAUCUUCCUGUUCUUCCUCCUCGUCCAGACUGUAGGCUUCUUCUGCUACGUACACUUCAGGUGGGAGCUGGACAAGAACCUUCAGGACUAUCUGUCCACAGGCAGCCUUCCUCUGAGUCCAGCACCACAAAUCUCUAGGGCUCUGGGUGCUCUGAGACGGCAGCCCCUCUACCCCAACAUACAUGCAUGACCUGCCUCAAAGACCUGAAGAAAAUGUCCACGACUCGAAACUAAGAAAUCGAUAUAUGCCUGGAGGAUGGAGGGCUUGGCCAGUUUCUCUCCCUCUGGGUACCCACUUCCUAUCCACACCUUAGUUUUCAGAGGCUCCAACCUUAUUAAAAGUGAUUUCCCUCUCCCCAUGCUUUAAUAUACUCAUUUACCUUCCAGCUUUCCCUUAAUCUCUCUGAAGACUUCCAUCUCUUUCAGAUAAUAGCUAGGAGUGAGGUCCAAACAGGCAAAGAGGCCAAGGGCUGGCUUGACUUCCAGAAGACAGUCCUUGAUACUCCACAGGCCCUGAGCCCUGGGCUGUGGUGGGAGACGGAGUCACAGCUGUGUAUAAUUCUGUCCCCACAUUUAUCCAGAACAAAGAGUGGUCCAGGUGCCUUUCCUGGUCCUGCCCAGCCAGCAUCACCAGGAACAGCUAUUUCUCCCUGCUUCUUAUAGCUCCAGGGGUCAGCAGGGCAGGCGCACAAUUAAGAACUCUGAGAGGCAACCCAUGGAGCCGUAAUUGGGAUUCCCGCUCUGCUUCCCUUUCCCAGCUGCUGGAGCAGCGGGUCGAAGAGGAGGUUGGGGUAGGGCCCGGGGCUAUUCGCUAUUCGCAUCUCUCAGUGAAAUCCUGGUUAUUAGCGACCCGGGGGAGGAGGAACUAGGGGGAGAGUAGGAAAUAGGGUUCUGGGCGCGUAAAAGCGCAGCUCAUUCCCCUGGAGAGCGAGCCCCCCACCCCCCACAUCGCGGCAGGCCCCAAUCCGCUGUGGCCAGCGGAGCUUGGCAUUGAAGGAGGGACGUGGGGGAGGCGGGAGU